AUGUAUAAAACGAACGUCACUCACGGAUCAUUUGUACAUGCUGAUUCGUUCGUCACGUCGAGUGACUUCAUAGUGUCUGCAGCCGUUCAGUUCGCAAAUAAUCCUGUCAAAAUGAAUAUUUAUGUGGAUGGAUGUGUACUGUCAGACAACCGCGCCGGUGCUGGCGUCUUUUGGGGAGAGGGCGAUCAUCGCAACAUAGCGAAACGUCUGGGGUGGCAUCACACGAGUUUGACUGCCGAAAUCGCAGCUGCGGUAACCGCUAUCAAGCAGGCGACGGGUUUGGGUUUCCUAAAAUUCACCAUCGUAACCGACUGCGAUGCAGUAGUCGAAUACGCAAAUGGCAAGAGGAAAGAGCCUGCAAUCGAUGCGGGGAUGCUAUACACAUGGGUUCAUCAGCUGCUUGAGUGCUUGAAAUUACCUGGGCUGAAUGUAUCCUGGGACAUCGUUAAGGCUCACUCCCACAUCCGUGGAAACGAGGAAGCAAAUCGCCUGGCAAGGCUUGGUGCUGAAAAACCCGACAAUUAGUUCGAGAUUCUAUCUUUAUGCAAUAAACGUA